AUGGCCUCCGCCGGCAAGGUGUGCCAGUACUACCUGCGGGGCACCUGCCUCUUUGGCGAGAAAUGCUGGAACCUGCACCCGCGCCACAGGGACGGAUCCAACCAGCCUUCUUCUCCGAGCUCCGGUUCUGGCAGAAGAGGUGGCUGGGAUGGCCAUAAUCAGAGAUACCCUAUUGUCCAGGCAUCCAGUUUUUCUAAAACAUCAAACUGGCACAACAACAGAGAUCAUGGAAGGACAUUCCCUGGGUCCCAAGCUGACUUGGGCUUUUCCCAAAAUAGGUUUGCUGCCUUAAACUCUAAUGAAGAUGUGAGCAGCGAUGGCAUUAAAAAUGAGGAUGAGAAGCUUCUUGAAAUUAUAAUGAAAGACAUGGAGGUUUGGGAAUCCUCAAGCCAGUGGAUGUUUUCCUCCUAUUCACCAUUGAAAGACAAGCCUAAUAUUUCAGGUUUUCCGGCCUUUUCUCCUGAAGAGCUACGUCUUGAAUACUAUAACUGCAGUGCAAAUAAUAAUAUUCAGAAUUAUAUCAACUCAAUCCAGCAGUUAGUCGCUCAGUGGAGAAGUAGAUUACUUGAGUUGAAGAAUAUAAAUGCGUCUACUAAAACUGCAUUGAUUUCUGAGCUCAAGAAUGUGGCUAAUCAACCACCACCUGCAUUUGGGUUUGGUGGACAGCCGUCGGCAGCUUUCGGGGCAUCAACCUUUCCUGCGAAUGAACAAAGCAGACAAGGGAUCCUUUCUUUCAAACCACCUUCAGAACUCGCUAGCGUCCCAUCCGGAAGCCUACCUGCCUUCGGGAGCCUUCCUGGUGUUCAGAAUAAUCCAACACUGGGUGCAACAUCUUCAUCUACUACUACUGCUACCCAUUCAGUUGGCUUUGGGUACCAACCCGCUUCAUCUGCAGCUUCCUUUUCAUUUAAAAGUGCUGCCUCUCCUGGAGGCUUUGGGACUUCUGGAUUUUCAGGGUUUGGACAAUCACUUCCUACAGGUUCUUCAGAUAACAUGUCUGCUCCAGUGUUUGGUGUUAGCAGUACAGCAGCUGCUGCUGCUCCAACUUUGGAUUCAAGGAACACCCUGUUUGGACAGCCCCCCGCAAUUGCCGUUGGGAGUAGUGGUGCAUUUGCGUCAUCGGUAAGCCAAACCAACAGCACUUCCGAAACAUUGUUUACCCCAAAGACUGAACUAUCUGCAGACGAGCUGAAGCAAUUUGAAGCAAAGAAAUUUACACUAGGAAAGAUUCCUUUGAAGCCACCACCAAUGGAACUUCUAAGCGUGUAAAAUAUUUGGAGGAUGUCUUUAUUACUUCAGUUCCCAGUGCCUGUUAUUCAGUUGUAUAUCUUCAUAAUUUAGAAGUUUGUUCUGGCAUACCACCAUUGCUUCAGGAAAGUUAUUUUCA